GUUCGAGAUAUGGUGGCUCCCGUCUUAAAAAGUUUCCAGGCAGAGGUGGUUGCGCUCAGCAAAAGGACCAAGGAAGCUGAGGCCGCGUUCCUGAGCGUUUACAAGCAAUUACUCAAAGCCCCAGCGGACCCUCUGCCCACCCUCGAAGGGCGGCACCAGCCCCUCCACUGCCUUGGCCCCGAGAAACCCCCACUGAAGGAGCUGAACAGGCCCUGGAAGAAGGAGCUGCUGUUCCCCAAAGAGCAAAAAGAUGGAACCCUCACCGGUGGACUGGCAGCUUCGGAGGCCAAGCUUGCUGGGCUGAACAGCAAAGCCUUGCUGACCGACGCGUUGUUGCAGAGGAAUGAGGUUGAGAAGCAAAAGGGCCUUCAAGAAGCGCAGUUCACGUUGGCCAGCCGGCUGGGCGAAGCAGAAGAGAAGAUCAAAGUCCUGCAUUCAGCACUAAAGGCUACCCAGACGGAACUGGUUGAGUUGCGAUGUAAAUAUGACGAACAGGCAGCUUCCAAGACAGAUGAAGUGGCCAUGAUCAUGACAAAUCUCGAAAAAGCCAACCAGAGAGCUGAGGCUGCCCAGAGGGAGGUGGAGAGCCUGCGGGAACAGCUUGCCACUGUAAACAGCUCCCUUCGCUUGGCUUGCUGUUCUCCCCAAGGACCAAGUGGGGACAAAGUGAAUUAUUCUUUGUGCCCGGGUCCACGGCUAGAGGCCGCCUUGGCCGCCAAGGAUCGGGAAAUUCUUCGACUUCUCAAGGAAAUUCAACACCUGCAAAACUCCAUGCAAGAAAUAGAAGAUUCUUCAGCCAAUCAAAUUGCAGACCUGGAACGGCAGUUGGCAGCCAAAAGCGAGGCCAUCGAAAAGUUGGAAGAAAAACUUCAUGCUCAAUCGGACUACGAAGAGAUCAAGACAGAACUGAGGCUGUCCGAUGUUCCCAGGCUGUCCCCUGGAUCUCCAGAUCCCAUCCUCCCCAGCGGGCAUGAGGAGGAUCCCUCGGAAGACGAGUCGGUGAAGGACUCCAUGGGCCCCGAGCAACCUUACCCAUCCCCCCAGCAGCUCCUGCCCCCGCCCAGGGAAGACUCCACCUCCCCUCCGCUCCUCCAGCCCCUGCUGGCCCCCACGGUGGCUCCAGAGAUGGGGCCCCCAGGUUACAAGAGCGAGAACAGCAACGCGGGCAGCUUCCCCUCCGCCUUCUACGCCGCCAAAGGGCUGGUGCUGCCCGCGAACCCCAACGACGGGAGCCCCCCGAGUGACCAGUCGGAAGGCAGCAAUCCCAGCUCAGCCGACGAGGAGCAACUGGACACGGCCGAGAUUGCUUUCCAGGUGAAGGAACAGCUGCUGAAGCACAACAUCGGCCAACGCGUCUUCGGACAUUACGUCCUGGGCCUCUCGCAGGGCUCGGUCAGCGAGAUCCUGGCCCGGCCCAAGCCUUGGCGCAAGCUGACCGUCAAAGGGAAAGAGCCCUUCAUCAAGAUGAAGCAGUUCCUCUCGGACGAGCAGAACGUCCUAGCGCUGAGAACGAUUCAGGUGCGCCAGAGAGGAAGCAUUACGCCGAGGAUUAGGACUCCAGAAACCGGUUCAGACGACGCCAUCAAGAGUAUCUUGGAGCAGGCCAAGAAAGAGAUUGAGUCCCAGAAAGGAGGGGAGGCCAAGAGCACCUCCGCGCCCCAGGCGGCCCCCAACGGCAUCAGCACCAGCAGCUCCGAAGACGCCAUCAAGAACAUCCUGGAACAGGCCCGCCGUGAGAUGCAAGCUCAGCAACAGGCCUUGCUUGAGAUAGAAUCCGGCAGCCCCGGCCAACCCAUCUCCACGCCCCCUGCGGAGCCCUCCCCUCUGUCCACCUUCAGCCAGAACAUCGUCCGUGCCUACAUCAAGCAGGAAGAAGGGAGUGGGCUGGGCGGCAGCGGCGGCAGCAGCAGUGUGACCCAGGCCCCUCUGACGGUGCUCUCCCCUGCCGCCUUCGUGCAGAACAUCAUCCGCAAAGUCAAGUCAGAGAUUGGGGACGCCGGCUCCUAUUUUGACCAGCACUGGGCGUCCGACAGGAACCUCCUCAACCGGCCUUUCACCUCGGUGUCCCCCUCCCUCUCUUCCUCGUCCAGCUACUCCAGCAUGGCCAACGGACGAGCGUGGCCACGUGGGGAACUGGGGGACUCUGGCCCGAACGAGGAAGACUUGCCCACCUUGGAAGACGAACCCCAUCGGGGGCUAGAAGUCAAGUCAGAAGCGGUGGGUUCAGAUGCCCAAGGAAACGGGCGCUUGUCUUACUACCCGUCCUACGUGCCGAGGACUCUCAAGCCCACCGUCCCCCCGUUGACCCCAGAGCAGUACGAGAUGUACAUGUACAAGGAGGUGGACACCUUGGAACUCACACGGCAAGUCAAGGAGAAGUUGGCGAAGAACGGGAUCUGCCAACGCAUCUUUGGGGAGAAGGUGCUGGGGUUGUCGCAAGGCAGCGUGAGCGACAUGUUGUCCAGGCCCAAACCGUGGAGCAAGCUCACCCAGAAGGGACGGGAACCCUUUAUCCGGAUGCAGCUCUGGCUCUCCGACCAGCUGGGCCAAAACAUCAGCCAGCAGGCCAGCCUUCCUCAAGCCAGCCCCAGAGGGUCUCCGUCUUCUCCUUCCCCACCAGCCAGUCCUUCUGAGCAAGAGGAAAGCCCCCCAGAGCCCCCGAGUCUUGCCCUGGAAAGCAGCAAAGAAAACCAGCAGCCGGAAAGCAAAGCCGCCUCCUUGCUGGGUAGCAAGUUGUGCCCCAACCACAACUCUGUUGGCAUCCAGGAGAUCGUGGCCAUGUCCCCUGAGUUGGACACCUACUGCAUCACCAAGAAGGUCAAGGAAGUCUUGACCGACAACAACCUUGGUCAGCGCCUUUUCGGGGAGAGCAUCCUGGGCCUGACGCAGGGCUCCGUCUCAGACCUCCUUUCCAGGCCCAAGCCUUGGCAUAAACUCAGCCUUAAGGGAAGGGAACCGUUUGUCCGCAUGCAGCUCUGGCUGAACGAUCCUCACAACAUUGACAAACUCCGGGACAUGAAAAAGCUGGAAAAGAAAGCGUAUCUGAAACGUCGUUACGGGCUGAUCAGUGGUGGCUCCGACAGCGAGUCCCCCCACCCUCGUUCCGAGUGUCCCAGUCCCAGCCUUCAGCUGCAAGACCUCAGCCUCCUACAAAUCAAGAAGCCAAGGGUGGUCUUGGCUCCGGAGGAGAAGGAGACCCUGAAGAGGGCCUACCAGCUGGAACCGUACCCCUCCCAGCAGACGAUCGAGCUGCUCUCCUUCCAGCUCAACCUCAAGACCAACACGGUGAUUAAUUGGUUCCACAAUUACAGGUCUCGGAUGCGCCGAGAGAUGCUGAUGGAAGGCAGCCAGGACGACACAGACGCAGAGCAGAGCGUGACCCCCGCCGGCCCUUUGCUCAAGGGGGCCCAGCCCCAGAGCCCCAACUCAGAAGGGGAGGAGCAAAAGCCCACCUUCAGAAACGUGGAGUGCCAAGGAGAAUGCAAAGCGCUGGUGGAAAUCAAGGAGGAGCAGCUGGAAGCUGGUGACAAAGGCGACAGAGUCAGCAGUAGAGAUUGUUGUUGUCCAGAAGGCGAGUUAGAGCCCGUAUCUGCAUCCAGCCCCACGGAAGACCCAGAAGAGCCUGGCUGCGUGGGCCCACACGAACCUCCCAGCCUCACCUGGGCCAGCACCCUACGUAGCAAGACACACCUGCCCGGGGCUCACAACUAUUCCAGUUUCCAUAACCCCGUGGAGACCGAAGGCUGCGAGAGGUCUCCUUCGGACCCCGUCAGCUUCAAAUCCGCCUCCGAGUCCUCCCGUUGCAGCCUGGAAGUUUCUCUAACCUCUCCAUCCGCCGCCUCCUCACCGGGACUCCUCAUGUCCGUCUCCCCUGUCCCAUCCUCCUCCGCUCCCAUUUCCCCCUUGCCGGUGAGCGUGGCGGCCACCAGAGGGCAGAGUGCCAGCCCAGCCGCAGAUACAGGCACCACGGCGCCACCCAGCGCCAAACUGACUACGAACACCCAGCGGCGGAACGAGAAAGUGGCUAACCUCAACAGCAUAAUUCACCGGCUGGAAAGAGCCGCCAAUCGCGAGGAGACUCUGGAGUGGGAAUUUUGAAGGGCUGAACGGAAAAAAAGAAAAUAAUCAGAACCGAAUACCUAAAUAACGUUGUCCAGGUUCUAAACUCCACGGGACACGUGGACAAAAAAGCAGGGAGUCCUUAGCAGAGUGUAUAGAAAAAAAACCAGAUCUAUAAAUAUAUAUAUAUAUAUAUAUAUACAUACAUAU